AUGACGACCAGCCCAGCACAACGUCUGAUGAGCAGAAGGACCAAAACACUCCUUCCUACCACUCAAAGCCUACUACUACCCAGGACCAUAAACCUGGAAGUGGAAAAGAAAGAGCUGCGACAGCGCCAGCAGGCCCAAGCCAAGUGCUACAACCGGUCCGCAAAGGAUUUACCCAGUUUGUCUGAAGGCGAUGUUGUUAGAAUGAAGCCAUUCAAACUUGGAGAUAAGUCUUGGCGCAAGGCCAAAGUCACUGCAAGACUCGACGAGCGAUCAUACACCGUUGAGACGGACAACGGAGCAGUCUACCGCAGAAACCGACAGCACCUACGGAAAACGUCUGAACCACCAGUUGAACCCACCAUCACAGCACCAGAACCGGAUAUGGCCAGUGCAGAUGAACAGGCGACCACAACCGCAGCGUCUACCGCUGACCAGAGCAAUGCUCCUCACGAGCCACACACUGAAGAGGUGACUGUUCCGGAACAAUGUCGGAGGUCAGAGCGAGUCAGGAGGAGCCCAGCAUACCUCAGGGACUAUAUCCGUGACUAGACUCGUGACUUUAAAUUCUUCUUCGCGGUUAUCAUAGGGUUCAGUGUUCUCGUUUGCCGAUCCUCUCAUGUCGAACUCACCAGCUGAUAGAUUUUGUCCUAUGGCAUUGAUUCUGAACUGAACUGACAUUGACACUUUUAUUGGUUUAUUUUCUUUUUUUUUUUUUCUUUUCUUUCUU